AUGGACUUGGGCUUCCCGACCAAUUCCAGCCCCGCCGCUUACGGCUGGUCGUAUCCCUCAUCAGCCUCUUCGGAUCAAAGCUCCAUAGACAUCUUGGACUUUUUGUUCCACUCGGCUCCAAACUCGCCUGCCGUCCAUGCAUGCCCGCUCCGCCGGGAGAGCGAGUCGCAGCAACGACGGCAACCUACCCUUUACGGAGACCUAUUCUCGCAAUCCCCGGCCGUUGAUGUGUCGGUCGACUAUGCGAGCAGCGAACAGUCAGAUGACUUUUGGACGACAAAGGAGGCCACCACCACCGACCUGGCAGAUCUGCCCUCGGACUCGACGGCAGCCCAGUCCAAGACGACGGACCGCAAGCACCGGCGUCGAGAGCAGAACCGCAAGGCGCAGAGCAAUUUCCGACAGAAGAGGAAGGAGGAAGUCCGCCGCCUCGAGCAAGAGGUCGAGGAACUCAGGGCCCAGGUCGCCUGGUACCACAAACGCGGUCCCACGGUCGGCCUGACAGUCUGCACCAGUUGCCGCAACUUCUUCCCGGCAUCAUCAGCGGAUGUUGUAAUGCCUCACACCACAGACUCCGACUUCUUCAACUCAACUCCACCCAAUACUUGCACGAGUUGA